CGGCAGUGCUGUGUGAUUUGUGCAAGUGGUCUAUGCAGCACUAUGCUCAGCUGUCUUGCAGCAUGCUAGAUCCUGAGGGCAGUGUGGAGCACAGGGCUUCCUCCUCCUUCUUCAGAGUUUUUCUCAUCCCUCUAGCCAUGCUCCUUGCUGUAACCGCGCUGUUUUUCUUAGCAUUCGCCGCCUCGCAGCAGAAAGAGAACGAUUUUUAUACAUUUAAACUGGUGAACAUCAGGGGCAAACUAGUCUCUCUGGAGAAAUACAGAGGCUCGGUAUCUCUGGUCGUCAAUGUUGCAAGUGAGUGCGGAUUUACAGAUAGCCACUACAAAGCUCUACAACAAUUACAGAGAGACCUUGGCCCGCACCAUUUUAAUGUGCUGGCAUUCCCAUGUAAUCAAUUUGGGCAGCAAGAGCCAGACAGUAACAAAGAAAUUGAGAGCUUUGCCCGAAAGACUUAUGGUGCCUCCUUUCCUAUGUUCAGCAAAACUGCCGUCACAGGUGCUGGUGCUAAUGCUGCCUUCAAAUAUUUAAUUGAAUCCACAGGAGAAGAACCAACCUGGAACUUCUGGAAGUACCUGAUAGCCCCUAAUGGGAAAGUAGUAAAGGCUUGGGACUCAACUGUCACUAUUGAAGAAAUAAAGCCUUACAUCACGGAGCUUGUGAGGAAAAUCAUCCUGAAGCAGAAAGAUGAACUGUGACUUUCAAAAUUCCCAUCACAUCUAUUAUACCUUGAUUGAUAAUUAGGACUGUAAUUUGACUGUUUGCAUUCCAAAAGAGAAAAUAGAGGGACAGGAAAUCAUUAUGACUAAUUGAAGUUUUCCCCAUCAUCCUAAGAAUACAGGAAACAAUAACUGAAUGUGGUAAAAGGUGAUUUAACUUAGGUUUGUGCUAUCAUUACAAAGUUACUGAAUUUAAUAUGUGCCUUCUCAGAAAAAAAUUAUCAGCCAUUUGUUCAUUUUACUAACUCAAAUAAUGAAUUGUUGAUGGUAUUAUGAAGAGCCAAUUAGCAUCUUUUUGGCAGCCAGGCUCAGUACAGCUAGAAUUUCCUUAGAGAGACCUUACUAGCAACUGCAAUUGAUUUGUCAUGAUUUUGACCAUGAAUUUCAUUUAAAAAUGCAACCCAAAGUAGAAGAGUGCACUCGGCGUAGUAUGGACACAGUUAUAAGGGGCAGGCAAAAAUAGGUUUCCUCAAAGCAGACACACUUAUAAUGAUAUGUGUCUGCUUAGUUAUAAAGGACAGACACUUCACUUUCUUUAUUUGUGUCAUGGGUAACUGGGGGAGAAGGGCAUGGGGAGGCCUCAUCUAUAGAACCGAAAUAAAAGACAACAUUUCCUACAAAAAGAUUCUCCAUAAGUUGUGUGAACUGUCUUUAAAUUCUUUGUUUAAAAAAGGGUUACUGAGUGACAUUAGAAAAAUCUGUAUAAUUAAUUUGAACAUCUAUAAGGCCAGAUUCUCCUCUGGCUAAAUCAAUUUAGCACCAUUAAAAUCAACAAGCUAAGAUGAUUUAUCCCAGCUGAGAAUCUACCCCUAUUGUUAGGUUUCUUUUUUCAAAAAGUUUUUGUAUGGUGCUUCAUGUUUUGGGAGAAAGAACAGUACUGAUUCUGAGUCAGAGUUAAGGUGGUUUUGAAAUCUGCUGGCACCAUAUGAAUAAUGUGUUUAUUUUGUGGGCAAUGUAAGAUUAAUGAUGUCCUUGUUUAUUCAGUUUUAAGUGCUUCGUUUUGAUAAAUGAUGUGACAGCCAAGUCCUCUGAUAUCACCCAGAAACUUUAAUUAUUUUUAAAAUGUAGCCAAAUGUAAGACAGCAUUUUUAAACUUUUAAAUAAAUGGGAUUGGACAGAUUAUUAAAUUAAAGGAAUUAGUGGUGCUGUCCAAGUUUAAUGGCUUCUGCAAAGCCCUGCCUCAUUCAAAGCACAUCUGACAAAAGCACACACAUUUACCAUGGGGCUGCUCUAGUGUUUGAUCUGCUGCCCUAGGUCCCCUGUGGAACCUGGGAAGCAGAGAAUAGCCUUAUAAAUAUAGAAACGUGUUCCCAAGGUACCCGGUUGCACACAUUAAAUAAAUGUUCCCAGUACUCUUUGCAGGUGGUGGUGGUUUUGUGUUUGUGGGGAGGCGGGGGAGCAUAGGAGUGGAUUAGAGCAGGCCUGGCAUCGUCUGUGCCAGCUGGUGAGGCUCUUUAUGUAGGGUAUAUUCUCAGGGGAUUGUUUCUGCCAAAGCAGCAAAAAGGGGCCUUGGUAUAACAGAGAAUUAUAUACCAGUACAGUAUAAGGGGGCUACAGCAUAAUAAAAAAAAUGAGACUACUCAGUUCCUCAAUCAGGAAAAUGGACCUGUACCACAUUUCAUCCUAGACCAAAGGGUGGAUCAUGCAGGAAGGAGAAUCAUUAAACCAGAUCCUGACCUUUCCUUUAACUCUGGAAAGUAGCCUUGGCCAAUUCAGAGCUCCAUGGUAAAAAUAUUCUUAGUCACUGUGAUAUUUUUUUCCUCAGUUUCACUGACAGAAUCAUGACAAGUGAACAACUAAUGGAAAUUUCUUACGCAUUUUACUGUUUUUGCUUUUGAAAACUGCCUCUUGUCUAAACCAAUGUUAAAAUCUAUGUUCAGUUUAUAAUUCAAAUCUUGUGGUGUAAUGUGAUUGCAUUGGGCAGAUCUAAGGAUAGAGAGAAACAUUAGAAAAUGCAAAAUUUUCGAACUGGUGACACUUUAAAAUGUUUUAAUCUCAAAAGAUACUUACUCAGUUUAAUCAAAAUGUUCAAAAAACAUUCCAGUUGCCAGUGAGCCUUAACCCUAAUUAUUUAAAAGCAUAAAGAUUUCUAUCUUUCUUGGGGGAUAGGGAGGUGGGCAAUAGGGAGAGGAAGUGGUUCUUACAAGGAAGAUUAAUUCCGCCUUAAAAUUGGACUGUGAUUGGAACCUUAAAAAUGGCAAUAUUCUCCCCUUGCUAAUAUAAAACUUCAUAGACCUAUUCAGCUGAGAUAAAAGCUCUGUUACUUUAGCUCCAAAAGUAUGAGGCUACUACCACUUAAGCUAAAACAAAGAUCUCUGUUAGCUGUCACCUACAGAAACACUCAUAGGAUAUCGUUUUUAGCAUAGCCCACCAGUGGAGGGUAACAUGUUCUUGCACACAUGGUGUCUACACUACACCGUUAACUGAGGCUCUUACUUAGGUUUUAGCCUUACCCCUCCCUGCCAUCCAUACAGAAAAACUUCUGACCUGGGUUUGGAGGUGCUUUAAGCCUAGGUUAGCUUACUCAGGUGUCGGGGGUUAGAGCUGAGGUUGGAGCCUGCCUAUUUUGCAAUGAGGACAUAGGCAAAAUCAUUUAAAUGCUGAUAGUCCUCCAAUGCCUUCCCAUAGUUUCCCUCCAAAAGAAUACACAAGUUCUCCCACAGUGGACAGGGAAAGAAUCCUAGAGCAUCUCAGCACAAAGAACCAAUGGGUAUGCAAUGCCUGUCAAUUGUGGGAUAACUUUUCUACCCUUUGAGGGGAACUGUGGGAAGGCACUGGAGGACUAUCAGCACUAGAUAGUAAAAUAAGGCAAUUAUUUAUAAAACAAGCUCUAGGGGCCAGCAUGCUCCUAACCCUAGGAUGCUUUAAAAAAGUAUAAUAUUGCCCAGUUCUAAUAUUGUUGACACAAUAAAGCUGGUUUGUGCUGCAUAGUGUUUUUAAAAUGGUAAAACAAUAAACUAUUUUAGCAUUUUGCAUACAGUGUAAACACUUUCUAAAUGGCUGUUGCAAUCAGACACAUUCAUAAUUAUCCCGGUGUACUCCAGUAGAAUAAAGAGGUGUGUGUGUGUACCAUGAUGCCUCCUGUCUUGCAACAGGGUGAGGAGCAGAUGAAUGGAUGGAGAGGAAAGGAGAGAUGCUAAAGCAAUUGAUGGUUCCUGGACCUGCACAGCUGCUGCUAGGGUCAUGGAUGCCUAUCAGGAGCAGUCCAAGAGGGUAGAAGCUGGAACUGCCUUGAGACUUGCAGAAAGGCCAGGGGAACUGGAACCUGAACUGUGUUUUCUACUGCAUCAAGCAAGCUGACAUCAUCUGAGAAAAUCUGAUGAGUUUUUAAAAAUAAAUAAAUAAAUAAAUAAAAUAAAGGGGCAGGGGAAUAAAAGGAAAAAAGUGUGUGUGUGUGUGUGUGUGAGAGAGAGAGAGAGAAGACAAAUAAAGGAGAUGGAGGGGCAGAUCACAGCCCCAAGGCAGAAGGGCAAAGAAUCUCUGAGCCAGUUGCAGUUGGAAAUUGUGGAAAUUUCCAGAAUCAGGCAAUAUUGACACUAAUUAACAUGUUCAGUCCUACAAACCGAUGUUAGACUAAAAUGAAGGGCGUAACUUACACCUAUGCAAGCAAGGAAAAUCAGUGCUAGUGGGUGUGGCACAUAGAUACAUGGGCAUGCAGGAAGAAGAGAGCAGCAAAUCCCCAGGUCUUUUCUAUUAUUCAGUCUAUUUGCUAAAUGAGUCGUAGCAGUGACUUCAUCACACCUCUCAAGUGAAGGAGAGUCUGGUGUGUCUGUUAUGUGGCAGGGAGAUCACCAAGGAGAAUCCAGGGUAAUGGAAGAAAAGUGAUUAAUGAUUCAGUAUGUGGCUCUCUUCCCUCUACAUAAAUACGGAAACAGUGUCCCAGCAUGGUAGUGGCAGGCAUUAUGCUGCUGGAAAUACUGCCCUUUGGAUAAGGUAUAUAACUGAGGCUCUGACCAGCACAGAGCACUCUUCAUAAUAAUAGGAGCAUUAGCCCCAGUGUCCUAGCCAAAGUUCAAGUGUGGUAAUUAAUACAGUCUAGGUUCCUUAAAUUCCUCUUCACUUUCUGUCCUAAACUGGUGGCUAGUGAUGCUGCACAGUGUUAAACAGCUGAUGCAGUCCACCUUACCAGUGGCAACAGUUUAGUGGUGGAUGAAAUGAAUACUAUGUAAGCUAGUACACUUAAACCCUGAUCCAGUAAAGGACUUGAGCACAUGAAUGCUUACAUUUAAGUUAACAGAAAUAGUCAUGUGCUGAGAGUUAAGCAUAUAACAUGUUUAAAUCCUUUGUUGGGCUGAAGUCAUAGUUGGCAGAGCAAGUUUAGGUCUUUCAGGAUGAAAGGUGCUAGAUAAAUGUAAAUCAUAAUUUUUUAUUAGGAGAGAAAUCUGUCCUCUAAUCAUUUGAUAUGAUCUUGUCACUAGAUAGACAAACCAUAGAUAACAAGCCAAAUUGCACUGGAUUGUAUUUGUUCUCUGAGGAUUCAACAAGUGUGUAGAUAUCAGAAAUUAUUCCUUUGGCUUAUGAAUUCUAACACAGUUCAAGUCUGACAGGGAUCUUCCCUAGGGCACCUCCUGGAAACUACGUAGAACCAUUGAAUGUGCCAUGCUUAAAUCUUAUCUGCAUUGCAACUUGCCUGUAUUACAGAAAGAUUUGGUAUGUGUUAACAAACAUACAUUUUUGUGAAUGGAUAGCAAUUGUCUAGGGCUUUAAGAUUUAUAGCAUGCAGAUCUGACAGAUGUAGACUAUCCCUGUAAGAAAUACGUCACAUUGGUUUAACGUCUAAGAUAAGUGACGAGAUACAUAACUGCACGUUAUUAUAUGUCCCUGUAUGGUAUGACAGAGGAAGAAGAAAUCACUUCAGAGCCUGGUCUCACAGCCAUUAUUUAGACAAAAUACCUGUUGACUUUAAGAGUUUUGCCUGAGUAGACAUUGCAGAAUCAGACCCACAUAAUACAAAAAAUUUGUUUGCAAAAUGGGACUCAUAACCUGAAAUAUUUACAAUGAAACAGGGGUUUAAACAUGUAUUUUUGUUUUGGUUUUUGGUAAGUGACAAGCUUUAUGGGUCUGGUUCAUCUCUGUGUUAUUCCAGUUUUAUGCUGGGAUCAUAAAUGGAAUGACACUGGUUUAAUGCUGGAAUAACGCAAAGGUGAGUAAGGCCUAAUGUGACUUUGUUGGAUGGUACCUAAUGCACCAUUUACAACACAUUAGCACAUUGCUCAACAACAGGCUGAAUGUGGUCCAAAUUACUGAAUACAGACAUCCAUUUGUUCAAAUGGACUGAGUUUUAUAGUAAACUACAGUCAACUCUUGGAUCAGCCAAGAGUACUUGUUAUGUUGGUCAAGCUACAUUAUCAUGAUGGCCCCUCUAGCCUUAAGUGCAUCAGUUGAUUCAGCAUCAAUGCUGUGAGAGGGAAGAUGUCACUUCAUUGGAUGCAUUCAGUGGAAAAUACAGUGGGGAGAUGAAUCUGAUGAAGUGAGCUGUAGCUCAUGAAAGCUUAUGCUCAAAUAAAUUUGUUAGUCUCUAAGGUGCCACUAGUACUCCUUUUCUUUUUGCGAAUACAGACUAACACGGCUGCUACUCUGAAACUUGUUAAUAAGUGUAGAGGCUAUAGCUUGCAUUUUUUGCUUUUCUUUUACUUGUAAACUUAUGUUUCCAAACCCUUAUAGUUGCUUUUAUUUGAAUCCCAGUCUCAAGCUCUGUUAAAUAAACUUCAAUUUUGUUUUACUGUA